AUGAUCGCAGACUUGAGGAAUCUCGCCGUCCAGAUCCGGCAGUCAGGUCUUUGGAAAGUCGUUCCCUUGGGUCUGUUAUGGGCAGCCUACCAGGUUAACCGAUAUCUCAGCCGUCAAGCUUUAAACAAUGGCGUCCAAGCUUCUUUUGAUUGGCAAAAAGAGAUCGUGCUAGUAACAGGAGGGUCAGAUGGAAUUGGUGCAGCGACAGUACAAAAGCUGGCUGGACGUGGAACGUCUGUGAUUGUGCUCGACAUCCGGCCUCUAACUUACGUUGCUCCAAAAAACGUACACUACUAUCGAUGCGAUUUGACUAACAGAUCCGAGGUGGAACUUGUCGCCGAGACUCUUCGUCGGGAGCUCGGUGAUCCAACCUGCGUAGUAGCCUGUGCAGGCAUCUGUCGCGGAAAGCCCUUGCUUCACGCUACUCCACGCGACAUUGAACUAACAUUCGCGGUCAACAACCUCGCUCUUAUCUGGACAGCACAGAUAUUUCUCCCCUCGAUGGUCACACAUAACCAUGGCCACUUCCUAAUAAUGGCCUCGCAGGCAGGCCAUCUAGCCACGGCCGGCGUGGUAGACUACGCUGCUACCAAAGCCGCCACAUUGGCCUUAUACGAGGGUCUCCAAACCGAGCUGCGUCAUGUAUAUAAGGCACCUGCUGUAAGAAUGUCCUGCGUGUCACCCUCGGCUGUACAGACCAAGAUGUUUCGUGGUAUACGGACACCCGCCUCUGUCACGCUUUUGCGUCCCGAUGAUGUCGGCUCACUGGUUGCGGAGAUACUUUGGAGUGGACGGGCACAAAAUCUAAUGACGCCCUCUUUGGCUUAUAUCUCACCACCGACACGGGCGCUGCCUGAUUGGAUUCGGGUGGGAUUGCAGGAUUUUGGGAAGGAUGUUAUGUCGGAUCUGUCCCCACAUCAGCCAAUGGACGAAAUAUAG